AUGUAUCAAGAAAGUGAAUAAGAAUAAAUCAAAAGUUAAUGGGUAAGAUAGAUCCUUAUUUCUAAUAAUUCAAAAUUAGUUGCAAUAAAAUAUUAAGAAUAAUGGCUUCUCUAUAAUUUAAUAGAAAAAAAGUCAAAAAUUUUAUUAUUAUAAAGAAGUGGACCUGGAAUGUUUUCUCCUGAUUCCUAGUAUUUUAUUACAGUUGGAGUAAACAUAUCCGAAUAAUAUGAAUCAGUCUUAUUAGUUAAGUUAAUUCCAUAUUUUCAGAAUCCUCUUUAAUUGUUGACUCUUGAAAAUUAAGUUAAAUGUCUUGAUAUAAAUGAGCAAUCAAAUAAGUUAUUAUUAAAUCUAAUGAAUGGUUCUUUUGUAAUUUGGGAUAUUAAUAAUAAAUAAAAAGUGCUUCAAUUAAAUUAGAAUGUACGAUUUGAUUUCGCAUAAUUUUGCAAUAAUCGAAUCAUAGGAACCUAACCUCAUUGUAUAAUUUAUUUUGAUUAAGUCAAAUUGAAACAAAUGAAAAAGAUCAUUGUUUCAGGAAGACUUUCAGAAUACCAAAAAUAUUCUCAUUACUGUGACGUUAAACUAAUAACCCCUUAUUUAAUACUUUUUAGAUAGAGUAGAGGUAUGGAAAAAUUUUGUUAUAGAAUUAUUAAUAAUUAGAAUUCGAAAUUGAUCAGAAUAUUUAGGGAUUGUUAAAGAUUUGAGAAUUUAAAUAUUAAUGUAUCUCCAGAUCAUAAACAUUUUGCAAGGUUAUCGAAAAUUUAAAAUACACAAAUUGAGCUUUUAGAAAUAGAUUCAGGCAAAUCAUAUAACUUCAUUAAUUGUUUGGAUACUAAAUAACCAAUUUGUUUUAGUUGUGAUUGGAGGAUUAUUAUUUAAUCCACUAAAAAUGGUUUUGCAAAAGUUUAUAGAAAGAUUGAAUGA